GUCUACGCAACGCCUAUUACUCGCAUUGGAUAAGCGCGCGCGCGCCGCGUUGCGCUCGUGCAAACGUCACUAAACAUGUCAGCUGCCUCGUCCUCACCUUGUCACAAUCCGCACGCAUGGAUCGAGUGUUGUAACGCGAUGCUCGUGUGAAAUUACGAGUUCGUGUUCACUGGUAACAUAAUGGAAAGCCAUGAAGAGGACAAUUUAGAAGAGCUGCGCUCUACGGUUUAUACAUUCCCACAGAACGUGCAAAAUGUGAUCGAGCAGGUUUUACCUAGUAACGACCCGUUGGAUCAGUCGAAUUUCAAUGUGGUGGACUAUAUAAACUCUUUAUUUCCCACCGAACAGUCUUUGUCAAACAUUGACGAUGUAGUGAAUAAAAUGGAGUUUGAAAUACAUACUAUUGAUAAAGAGAUACGGUCGGUGGUACGUGGUCAAACAAAUGUAGGACAGGAUGGUAGAGCAGCAUUGGAAGAUGCACAAAAGGUGAUAAGGAAGUUAUUUGACCAUAUAAAAGAUAUAAAAGAUAAGGCUGAACAGUCCGAAGAAGUGGUGAAAGAAAUUACAAGGGAUAUUAAGCAAUUAGAUUUCGCUAAGAGAAAUCUCACAGCUUCGAUUACAGCUCUGAAUCAUUUGCACAUGCUUGUGGAAGGAGUAGAUACUUUGAAAGUAUUGACACAAAAGAAACAAUAUGGUGAAAUUAUUUUACCAUUGCAAGCAGUGAUGGAAGUAAUGCAACAUUUUCAUAAUUACAUGGAUAUACCACAAGUGAAGAUGUUAUCUGACCAAGUACGUCAAAUUCAUGUGGAGUUGGCCCAACAGAUUACAGCAGAUUUCAAGCAGGCCUUUUCAGGCCAAAAUCCAAAGCACUUUAAUCAAUUAACAGAAGGAUGCCUAGUGUUAUCAGUAUUAGAUCCUAAAGUGAAGAAAGACCUGCUUGUCUGGUUUGUAAACAUUCAAUUGCAAGAAUACGCGCAUCUAUUCGAUGAAAAUCAAGACUUUGCAUGGCUGGACAAGAUAGAUCGAAGAUACGCGUGGAUAAAGAAACAUUUACUCGAUUUCGAGUCAAAGUUCGGCACUAUUUUUCCCCAAGAUUGGGAAGUCUCCGAACGAAUAGCGAUACAAUUUUGCCACGUUACACGCGAGGAUCUUGCUAAACUGAUGAACAAAAGACGUGGUGAAAUAGAUGUUAAAUUAUUGCUUUACGCAAUUCAGAGGACCAGUAACUUUGAGUCACUCUUGGCAAAACGUUUCGUCGGUAGUACUUUGGAGUCUACCGAUGCCAAGAGUGCAACAGUCAGUAACGACUUAGCCGAGCAAGUACCAGGAAAUCCUUUUGAAGAAAAUGAACAGGCUGAAGUUGAAAAGCCAAAGCCGUCCCCGUUCGCAAAUCUUAUUGGAAGAUGUUUCGAGUCAUACUUGAAUAUUUAUAUAGAGAGUUUGGAUCGCAAUUUGGCGGAUCUCAUGGACAAAUUUGUGUCUGAUGCUAAAACACAACCUCCGGGCGCUAAAGAAUUUGACGGUAUCGAAGGCCCUAGCAGUGUUUUGAGUUCAUGCGCCGAUUUGUUCGUGUUUUACAAGAAAUGCAUGCUGCAGUGCACACAACUGAGCACCGGUAUUAUUAUGUUAAGUCUCGCUGAGACUUUUCAAAAGUAUUUGCGAGAAUAUGCACAUAAGAUCCUGCAGAACAAUUUACCCAAAAUCGCAGGUAGUGUAGGAAUCGGCACGAGUAUGAGCAACAUCACACGUGACUUUCGUGAUCUGUCAACGUCAGGUUUUAUCCAAAAUUUCCAGAGCUUUUUGAAAGAGGGAGAAACUGCCAGACUCAACAAAGAGGAACAAUCUCGGAUAUGCUGCAUCUUAACGACAGCGGAGUAUUGUUUAGAAACGACACAGCAAUUGGAGGAGAAGCUGCGCGAGAAGACAGAUAAAUGUUAUUCUGGAAAAAUUAACUUGUCUCAGGAACAGGAUAUCUUUAAUGAUGUGAUUAAGAAUUGUAUUCAGUCGUUAGUUCAAGAUCUAGAAACUGCUUGCGAUUCUGCUUUAACUGUAAUGACCAAGGUACAAUGGAGUUCAGUGGAAGUUGUAGGUGAUCAAAGUAAUUACGUUAAUACUAUAAUCGCGCAUCUUCGACAGACAAUACCCACUAUACGAGAUAGGCUGUCUUCUUGUAGAAAAUAUUUCACGCAGCUUUGCGUUAAAUUUGCGAGCUCUUUUAUACCAAAAUUAGUACAACAGUUGUUUAAGUGCAAACCAUUGAACACUGUCGGCGCCGAACAAUUGUUGUUAGAUGUUCAUAUGUUAAAAACAGCUUUGCUGGAUCUUCCAUCGACGGGUUAUCAAGUACAAAGGAAAGCUCCGCUAGCGUAUGCAAAGGUUGUCAUCAAAGGAAUGGCAAAAGCUGAAAUGAUAUUAAAAAUUGUGAUGUCUCCAAUCGAAUCUCCAAGUGACUAUGUAAAACAGUGUAGAAUGCGAUUGCCUGACCUGCCGUUCUCAGAGUUCCAAAAAAUCUUGGACAUGAAGGGAUUAAAAAAGACCGAACAAGUUCCAUUGCUUGAGCAAUUCAAGCAACUUGAAAAUGCGGAUGCCGCGUAUGCUGCCAAGAGUCAUACGACACACGACAGCCCCGAACACGAAGUUGGUAGUAUUAAGAGGCUAGAAAAACUUAUUAAGAAGAUUUGAAAAUAUGAAAUUAGAAUAUUCAUUACAACUGUAUAUAUUUAAAGCAAAAGAGAACGGGAUUUUUCUUAUUUUAUUUUAGAUUAAUAUAAACUCUUUAUAUACUAUAUAGAAUGGAAGAAUGUGUGAAUAUUGGGAUGCUGUCGAAUAAAUAUAGAUAUAAAUGUUU